UCACGACUGUACAUUAGGCAUCAUGGCCGCCUCCAGCAAAGAUGCGUUUCGCAAGAUGCCAGUGAAAUUUUCGAAUGACAGCCGUUCGGCUCACGUCAUGCUCUUCAAGGAACACAGCGUCCGCGAAAAGAGCGAACACAAGCCGUCGGGGAGGACGCUAUUUGUCGUGAAUGUGCCCCCGUACUGCGACGAAAACAGCUUGAAGCGUGUCUUCGGUGACAGUGGCAAGGUGGCUAAAGUGUGGUUACAGAAAUCUCCUUCUUCUGGCAAGCCAGCGGAAAACUCAUCUUCGGUCUUUCCCAGCGUGCCUCCAGUGGCCGGCUUCAAAGUUGCGUACGUAGUGUUCCACAAAGAGGCAUCCAUACGGCGAGCGCUAGCCUUGUCCGUAUCGGAACCACGUGUGCUGUUCCACGAAGACUGCGACAACGUUGUUGGUGUGGCUAAAUGGUGCGCUGAGUACAAGUCGACGUUUAUGGACGCCGAAAAAGUGCAAAAGGAAGUGGACACGUACAUGACUGACUACGACGCGCGUCUGGAAGAGGAAAAGCAGCGAGCGAAAGCCAUGGACGGCGUUCCCGACGAAGAGGGUUGGAUCACGGUCACCAAGUACGGCAAGCGACCGGUCAUUCCGCGGACCGACGCCGUCAAUCAAAAGAUAUCCAGUGCAGAGAAGAAAAAGCGCUCUCAAAAGGAACUGGUCAAUUUUUACUCAUUCCAGAUUCGUGAAUCUAAAAUGGAAAGGAUCGCCCAGCUUCGGAAGAAGUUCGAAGAGGAUAAGCGAAAAAUUUCGCUUAUGAAAGCAUCCAGACGUUUUAGACCCGUCUAGUCUUCGUGAACUGUACUGACAGUGCAUGCCAACGUGUCCAUAAGUACUGCAGCUGCCGCGAAUCAUGACAAUGUGCCUUGAGAAUGCGUAUGUUUCAGCUUGUAAAAUAAAGUGUACUCUGUGA